AUGCGCUGGGUUAAAUCGUUGCUGUGGCUGGGUGCAGUCGCGGUGUCUCAAUCCACCGAGGGCAUCUCCAAUCUUGUCAAACGACGACUGCCCGAUCACCUUGACAGUUUCUAUUUCACUUUGGAUACUAAUCUCACUGGCAAAUUCGAUACCUACGUUGUCACUAAUGCUCCGAACGGGGCGAUUUGGGUCAAGGGAAACACUUUGAGCGCUCUACACCGGUACCUCAGCGAUGUCGCUCAUGUUGAUAUCUACUGGUUCAUUGGCAGUCGACUCGACGUUGCCCCGUCCGGAUUACCUCACCUCACCAGCCCAAUCCAUGGUUCCAGUACAGUCCCUUGGCGGUAUCACUUUAAUACAGUGACAUUUUCGUAUACUACCGCCUUUUGGACAUGGGAAGAUUGGGAGUCACAACUUGAUUGGAUGGCCCUACGAGGUGUGAAUCUACCUCUUGCUUGGGUCGGCCAAGAGAAAAUUCUGGUCGAGGUCUUUCGUGAGAUUGGCCUCACCGAUGAAGAGAUUGCAACUUUCCUCAGUGGUCCGGCUUUCCAAGCCUGGAAUCGCUUCGGCAAUAUCCAAGGCUCCUGGCAUGGUGAUCUGCCCGAGAAGUGGAUCGAUGAACAAUUCGCUUUGCAGAAAAAGAUCAUCCAUCGCAUGAUAGAACUGGGAAUGACCCCUGUACUGCCAUCAUUUACUGGGUUUGUUCCUGCCAAUAUCUCUCGUGUUCUGCCAGAUGCCAGUCUGAUUCACGGAUCGCAAUGGGGCGCCUUCCCCCCUGAAUACACAAUGGACACGUUCCUUGAGCCAUUCGACGAAAACUUCGCAAAGCUCCAGGCCAGUUUUAUACGCAAACAACAGGAUUCCUACGGUAAUGUCAGUCACAUCUAUACCCUCGAUCAGUACAAUGAACUUCAGCCUUCCCAAGGGGAGGCGGAUUAUUUGCGUAAUAUGACUCGCAACACCUGGCAUAGCUUGAAAGCAGUGGAUCCCGAUGCGAUAUGGCUGAUGCAAGGCUGGCUUUUCUACGCCGACCGCGACUUUUGGACUUAUGAGCGAAUGGAAGCUUACUUGUCGGGCGUCGAGACAAAUGAAGACAUGUUGAUCUUGGACCUCUUCUCGGAGUCUAUUCCAGAGUGGCGCCGCACAAACAGUUACUUUGGAAAGCCUUGGAUUUGGUGCCAGUUACACGGCUUUGGAGGUACGAUGGGCCUGUAUGGGCAGAUUCAAAAUCUGACCCAAGAUGCUACUGAAGCACGAGUUGACUCUCAAUCGAUGGUCGGUUAUGGUCUCAGCAUGGAGGGCCAAGAGGGUAAUGAGAUUGUGUAUGACUUGACGCUCGAUCAAGCCUGGUCUGAGACCCCAGUGGACACUCGUGACUACUUUCACAAAUGGGUGACGAGUCGCUAUGCGGGUCGGAAUCAUAUCCCAAGCGAACUCUACACGGCCUGGGAUUCCAUGCGACAGACAGUGUACAACAACACUAACACCACAAUGCUUGCUGUGCAAAAGUCCAUUAUUGAUGUUGAACCCCAGCUUUGGGGUCAAGUCGAAGUACCCGUUACACAUGGCACAACCAUCCACUAUGAGCCGUCUAUCCUAGUGGAAGUAUGGCAACAUAUGUACCGGGCAGCAAAGGCCGAGCCACAGCUAUGGACCAAUCCAGCCUAUCAGCAUGACAUGGUUGAUGUGACUCGUCAAGUCAUGGACAACGCUUUCACGCUGUUGCAUUUAGAUUUAGUCAAGUCCUACAACGAUUCUCUUUCUCAAGAGGACUCCUUUGCACAAAAGGGCGAACAUAAUCUUCAAUUUUUAGCAGACCUUGAUUCUGUCCUCCUCACCAACCCAAACUUCAGACUUUCCACGUGGAUUGAUGCGGCAAGGGCCUGGGCCUUUGGCAACGAAGCCGAGAUGGCAUACUAUGAAUACAAUGCGCGAAAUCUGAUAACUCUAUGGGGGCCAAACGGAGAGAUCUCCGACUACGCAUCCAAGCAAUGGGGUGGUCUCGUUUCUUCAUACUACGUGCCACGCUGGCGUAUGUUCAUCGAGUACUUGAAGUCAACCCCGGCAGAGUUAUACAAUGCUACUGAAUUACAUGGACAAAUACGAUCCUUUGAGCUGCGGUGGCAAGAGGAGACUUGGUCAACUCCAGACCCCACUGGAGAUCGAGCGGACUUGGCAAAGGUCUUGACAGGGGUCAUCGACCGCUGGCCAUCUGUUUUUGGGCUGUAG